CACUCAUUUUUCCUUGCUUUUCCACCUACAUGCCUCAAGAUCUCAAUUAUUCAUCUUUGGAGAAUCAACUCAUCAAUAACAGACAUCAGUCAUAUUAGACUAUACCAUGGCUUUAGACAUCAGUGGGGAGACAGCCGUGCCGUUUUGUUAAUGUUUCAAUAUUUGCCUCUACAUUAACAUGACUACCCUUCUUAAGGAGGGUAUGCCAUCUUCAUCUGUCACUGCAUGUAACAGUCCAAGUAGCAGAAUAUAUCUCAAAGUGCCUCAAACCUCUUUUCAGGAAAUCUUUAUACCUCAAGUGGGGUUGGCCAAUUGUUAUUUUGCCAUCUAUCUUUUAGGACAUGGUGCCGAAUGCAGCGUGUACAUUGACUUUUGGGAGAUCCCAAGCACUGGAUCUAAGUGAUCUUGUUUGGAAAGCAUUGAGACGAUUUUCCUGAUGACAAAUAGUUGCCCAAUAAGAAGAACCCUACAAAAGAGUAUCCAGAACACAAGCUUCCUAUACUCUCACUUUUGUCUUGAUGAUCUAAAUGAAGGAGGGAAUGGAGCAGGAUCUUAAUUAUAUAGAUGUGACUUUUCAGGCCAACCACACAUCCGCACAAGGCUUUUUCACUGCAGAAAAAACGCAGAACAUGGAGGUCAUCUAUGAUGAGGUGAAGACAGGAGAGACGUCCUGGGGCACACAUCCAACAACCUCAGACAAUAAGAGCAAACCUACACUUCACGGUCGUCUUGGUCUAGCUGCUGCCAGUUUAGGCAUCAUUUGUCUCAUCCUGGUGUUUGUCAUCACCUCUCUCAGCAUCUUCUUCACACAGGAACAGAGAAUACAGAGCAUGGUAACGGCGCAGAACCAGCAGCUGCAGACGGAGAAAGCCGCCUUACAGAGACAGAUGCAGAACCUUAGCAGAGACCGAGACCGAAUGAACUGGACCAUCGCAGUCAUCAUGGACUACCAAAACUUCCCUGUGACCGAACUCUGUCCACAGAAAGUAUGUAAACCUUGCUUGGACGGUUGGGUUCUAUUCCAGUCAAAUUGUUACCUUUUUACAAAAGAUGAGUAUUUCAAAAAUUGGAAAACUUGGAAGAAAAGCCAGGAGUUCUGCAAAGAAAAGAAUGCUGAUCUGGUGGUGAUUGAAACCUUGGAGGAACAGGAGUUUAUUAUUAACAACACAAGUCAAUAUGACAGUUCAAAACACGGCUACUGGAUUGGCUUGAGCAAGACCGACUCGUCUGGCGCAUGGGUCUGGGUAAAUGGAGGAAACUUCACUAUGAUGCUCUGGGCGACAGAGGAGCCGGGCUACACUCAGGCCUGUGCCUUAAGUAAACCACAAGCAGAUCCUGCGGCCAGCUGGGACAAAGCGAGCUGCACCAUGCGGAACCGCUGGAUCUGUGAGACCAGAGCUCUGAUCAAACCCGAUUAGACAUCAAAGUGUAAAUGUGUGACGUUUCUCAAAUAUUUGGAAAAGUCUGUUCCAUUCUUGUGUGUGUUUGAACGGUAUUUAAACUAAACAUUUAUGCACCUAUAAAGGUCUUUGUUCAGAUUUUUUUCUUUUUUGUAUACAUAGAAAGAUAAUAAAAUAUGUUAUUUGUCAUGGUGGACUUUUUAGCAUAAAAACAACCCAAAAAUCAAGGAGCAAAAGGUCUAGAGAAAGGGUUAGCGGGCUAACAUGUGAAGGUUUCCCGACUUGCUUCACAUCAAGAAUCCGUGGAGGAGCUAAAGAUCCGGCUGAUGUCUCAAACUAAACAGAGUUGGAGCUUAUCAGUAAAAACCACCAGAGGUUGAUCAGAAAUGAUAGAAACUUUUUCGUUACCACUGUGUAUGCUUACUUGAAUGGGACUGUUUAAAUGGUUCAGCUGAUGUUCUCUUUUAAAGGAGGCAGUAAUACUAAUAACUGUAUUACUAACAAUCCAGAUGAUUUAUUUAUUUAUUUAUUCUGCUUCCCUAUAACGGAGCUGUAGUUCCAUUUCAGAAUAAUGACGUGCAGCUGAUUUUUUUCAGUUAUUACUCUGCUGAAACCAUGAUGUUUGCCAUGUAAUUUAUUGAACUUCCGUUUGUUUAGCAGAAACAUUUACUUUGCUUUUGCCAAAGAUUGUUUCACACAAACUAGACCACAGUUUGACUGUUACGGCUGUGGCCGGAUUUGGUUUGGUAUUUUCUUUUGGUUCUAUGUAUUUUUGUCAGAGUGGGACUGCUUUGUGUUUUGUGGAUCUUUGUGUGUCUUUCUGUGUCAGUUUGUUUCAGGUGUGGUGCUGGAGGGCGUGGCUCGCCAUUGGACCAACGCUUCAGCAUUGGUCUUUGUGGUCGUGUUUUGGUCCCACUCUGUGUUUAGUGUUUGUUAUUUGGGUGAACGGCCAUUUUCUUUAGCAUGUUUUCUCUUGUUAGUCCAGGGAGGUUAGUGUUUGUCAUUCUUUAACUUUUUCUUUUGCGGGUAAGCUCCCCGUUGAGUUAGGUGGGAUUUUGUUGAUUUUAUCCUUGGUUCACCCUGAAGCCUUUUGCUUCACAUUUAAGUUAUUGAUUGUUUUUGUUCUUGUAAAUAAAUGUGUUAAACGUUUUAUGGAGACAA